AUGUCAGAUUUCAAUAGCGGUCUAAGUGAAGACUUGUCUCUUCCAAAAGCAACGGUACAAAAGAUUAUAAGCGAAGUAUUACCGAAAGAUCUAGCCUUUUCCAAAGAUGCAAGACAGGUACUCAUAGAAUGCUGCAUUGAGUUCAUUAUGAUUCUUGCAACCGAAUCGAACGAGAUUGCCGAAAAAGAGGCCAAAAAGACAAUAGCGAGCGACCAUGUAUUGAAAGCAUUAACAGAGUUGGGGUACGACGAUUACCUUAAUCCAAUCCGUCAGCUACUAGCCCAACAUAAAGAGAGUGUUAAAGGCAGAGAAAAGAAAAAUUCGAAGUUCCAAAACUCAGGGCUUACUGAAGAAGAAUUGUUGAAAAAGCAAGAAGAGUUAUUUCGAUUAUCCAGAAACAGAUUACAGAAUAAUGGGCAGGUAUCUCCAACAACGCCCACAGGUGUUGACAAUCCUAUAAAGUCUGAGAUCGGGAUAAAAAAGGAAUAA